CUUCAAUCCCAACUUUGUCCUGAAUUUCUCGCGCGUCUGAGCAGGCGAUUCUUAAUACUGCUUGCUGUCGAGUCCAUCAUAAAUCCCUCCGAAAGCAGACCACAACCUAAUCGCCUUUGAUCCACUGGCACAGGUAGCCCUUCAAGUGGUCGACAAUCCUCAAGCACGGCCAAAAACACACAAACACCACCUUCGCCCGCAAUGUCGGCGUCAACCGCAACGCUCCACCCGCCACAGCGCCAGCCCUCCUCGGCCUCAAAAGGGUCCCAAAGCCCGCUGCCGCCGCUGCUGCACACACCAUCGGGGCUCGCGCUGCUCGAGCUGCAGGGCGUCAUCAACACGGGCGAGGAAGACGGCGGCGGCGGCGGCGCGGCGGGGCCGACGCGGGUCGGCCGCCUCGACUUCCCCGAGUACGUGCCGGGCCGGUCCGAGGACGGCGGCGCGUGGAUGAAGCGCGUGUACCUCUACGUCGGGCUCAACCAGCGCCUCACGGGUGAGGUCAAGAAGCUGCCCCGGCCCGUCGCCGUGAUCCGGCGCAGGAGGCGGGAGGGGGAUGGGGAAGAUGGUGAUGAUGGUGAGGCGGGGGGAGGAGGAGGCGGGGAUGGCGAACUUGAGGUGGUCGAGAUUGUCCGCUACAAGCUGCUGUUCUCGCAGCGACCCGAGCCGAUAGGCAUCCCGGCCGAGUGAGGCUUCUGGGAUGGCAUUUAAACCAUGCUUGGCGAAAGGACACCAAGGAGACAUUUUGCGGGUAUAGAUUCCAAGAGGAAACAUUACGGAUGAAGCUCAAUUUUCUUGUUUUGUCUACUCUGAGAAAGAAGUAGGACAUUCACACAGCGAACUUGAUAUGGUCCCUGACUUUUGCGUUUUUCUUCCUUUUCUCCAUAUGUAGGACGGUAUCAUACACACACAAAAAAACACCUCAUGCCGCCCCGACAGUGGCCAAC